GAUGAGCUGCGAUACCCAUAAUUAGUUGGGCUUGGACUUUCGUGUUGUCAGCCCAUUGUCAUUGUUAAUAAUCUCCUCAGCCGCAGCAAUCGAUAGUUGCAAUCGGCUCCGCCGCCGCAGACGGUGGUUCAUACGUCGCAAUCGAUGAUGCUAACACCGAAGCAACAACAGUCAUUAGCUUCUCAGUUCAAUCUCUAUCCGUUGGUGGAGAAAUUAACAGAUGCAAUUGAAACUGGAACGCGAGAUGAUGCACUGCAGGUGACUGAAUUGAACAGCCAUUUUGACAAGUGUCAGCAGCUCUUGAAUUCCAUUUCAGGAUCUAAAACCAUGACUGUUGAUGGACAAAAGAGAAAUCUAGAAGAAAGUGAGCAGUUGCUUCAAGAAAGAAGGGGCUUGAUGGUGGAAUAUAUGAAUUCUAUUGAAGACCUUCUCAAGAUGGAGCCUUAGUUUGAUCAUAUUCAUAUCAUGUGUUUUGUUUACAUCAACACUGAAACAAAAUCAAAAUAUUUGUCUCAACAACGUACAAAACCACUUCCUUUUAAUGAAAAAGACACUAUAUCCCCU